UUUAACUCCGGCGGAGGAACUGUCACAGUGUUUUUUGCUCAGUAUGGAAGGUAAAUUGACAAGUCGUUUGUGGCGAGGAUCACCGUGUGGAUCUUUCCGCAGGUAAAAACGCGCUAUGACCUGAGCGUGUUAGCGGCUGGAUUUAAUGUUCAUUGCAAGACUUUCCGUGUUUUUUUUUUUGGUUUGACAUAGUCUAGCUAUAAUCUGGAACAGUUUUUUUUACUUGGAUAGGGGAACAAAAAAGUAGGCCGCUUUCAAUUAGAAGAGAAUCGUUGGUCGUCCGUGUUCACCAAAACACCAAAUCUGAACAACUCUCUCAGCUGUAGCUUUUACGCGUUCUUCACCCCAACCAAGCACUUUCCAAGAAAUCCGGAUAAAACUACCAGACUUGUCUUCACUGCAGCGGAAAAGGAAAUCUUUAAUCCACCUGGCCUGCACUGGGAUUAUUGGUUUGGUAUCGUCUGCAGAAAGUGGAUUACAACUUCUAACGGGCUGUGCUCCUUGAUCAGCGGCAGUAUGAACCUGGGGCUGGGCUGUGUGUGUCGGCCGGUUUGCUGGCCCUUUGGCAGCGUGUUGGACUCCAGACACUGUGUCUUUGCCCUCACACUCCUCACACUCCUCAUGCAGGUGGUGGUGGAGGCCAACUCAUGGUGGUCUCUGGCCAUGAACCCUUUACUGAUCCCUGAGGCCUACAUCAUAGGUGCCCAGCCUCUGUGCAGCCAGCUGGUGGGCCUGUCGCAGGGCCAGAAGAAGCUGUGCCAGCUCUACCAGGACCACAUGCAGUACAUCGGUGAAGGUGCCAAGACAGGCAUCAGAGAGUGCCAGUACCAGUUCAGACAUCGGCGCUGGAACUGCAGCACAGUGGACAACUCCUCUGUUUUCGGACGGGUCAUGCAAAUAGGCAGCCGAGAAACGGCGUUCACUUAUGCCAUCAGCGCAGCAGGGGUGGUGAACGCGGUGAGCCGUGCCUGCAGAGAGGGGGAACUCUCCAGCUGUGGGUGCAGUCGUGCAGCUCGCCCCAAAGAUCUGCCACGAGACUGGCUGUGGGGUGGCUGCGGAGACAACCUCAACUACGGCUACAGGUUCUCCAAGGAGUUUGUUGACGCACGCGAGAGGGAAAAGAGCUACCCUAAAGGCUCAUAUGAGAGCGCCCGGCUGUUAAUGAAUCUUCACAAUAACGAGGCUGGAAGGAGGACGGUGUCAGACCUUGCCCACGUGUCCUGCAAGUGCCAUGGGGUGUCAGGCUCCUGCAGUCUGAAGACUUGCUGGCUGCAGCUGGCUGACUUUCGCAAGGUGGGCGAUGCGCUGAAGGAAAAGUACGACAGCGCUGCUGCCAUGAAGCUCAACACACGUGGGAAGUUGGUGCAGAUGCACAGCAAGUUCAACGCUCCCACGAGCCAUGACCUGGUGUACAUUGAGUCCAGUCCAGACUACUGCCUGAAGAACCAAAGCACAGGCUCCCUGGGCACAGUGGGGCGCCUUUGCAACAAGACCUCAGAGGGCAUGGAUGGGUGUGAGCUGAUGUGCUGCGGCCGCGGUUACGACCAGUACAAGGCCCAGAUAGUGGAGCGCUGCCACUGCAAGUUCCACUGGUGCUGCUACGUCAAGUGCAAGCGCUGCACCAAAAUCGUAGACCAAUUCGUCUGCAAGUGAGAAGAGGAGUGUUGCCUGUGUGUGUUUGCUUGCAGACGAUGGGCAUACAUCUGUGUGUAUUCACGAGCAGAGGAGCAAAGGAGUUGAACACAGAGAGAGAAUGGAAGAAAGAAACUAUAUAAAUUAUAUUUAUAGAGUUAAACAAUUAUGCCAUUGCAAAAAGACUGACUCUUUUUUUUUUUUUUUU